CUCAUCUUUGACUGGCAUUCUUGCCAUGUCCGCAUUGCAGAGCCAUGGGCGAGCGCAGCACUCGCUCGCGCCUCCAUGUGCGCGUUUCUGCGGCGGGAGGUCAGGAGCUCUAUGCAGCGAAGGUGCCGAGCGACUUUGCAGUCAGGGACUUGAAAGAAGAGCUCCUGCUGUUGCUUUGGAUCCCUCGCGAUCAGCAACACCUCACGCUCAAUGAUGGGCAAUGCGUCCAGGAAGACACCAUGAAGUUGAAGGAUUUGCACGCCAUGAAGCAGGAAGAGAUGGAGCUCUAUCGCAUGCUGAUCUCGGAGUCACCCAAGCCACCGCGGGCUUUCGAUUUGGAUUUCAUCCUCUUCGUCACGAGCGGCUUCUACUUGCUCCACUGGGAGGAGAAGCCCAAGUUCCGCGCCACGAAGCUGGACUCUGGACAAGCUGUUUGGAGGUUGCCGCUCUCCUUCCCGCUGCUCGCACUGAACCAGCGGAUCUUUGUGGAAGAGGUCCUGGAAGCACCUCCAACGACGCCGCUCUACGUGGGCGACGAGAUCCGGGAAGUCAACCACCGUCCGGUGAGCAGCUUGAAGAAGGGGGAGUUCUUUCAGCUCUUCGACCAAGCGUUGUAUGGCGGGGUCUUCAAGUUGCACCGUGGAAGUCUCGACUGUUACUUCCAGAACCGCCGGUCACCUGAAGGAACAUCGGUUUCUGCGGAGCUCUCGGUCUUUUGCAUCAUCGCCAGCAUGUCCGACGAGGAGGUGUUGGCCCUCCGGGUCGCCGGCGGAACCACCGCAGGUGAGCUUAAGCAGCAGGUGGAGAGGCAGUUGCACGUCCCCACUUUUUGCCAGCAGCUCGUACACGAGCGUCGGGCGCUGGAGGACACCGCAGUCUUGACCAGCCAAGAGCCGAUUGGGCUUCGCUUGAUCCUGCUACGACUGGCACUUUUUACUCAAGAGGAAUUGGGCCAUGCCUUGGCCUCGGGGAUUCACGCUGAUUUGGGUUUGGCCUUUUGCGAUCCGGCCUUUCUACCACCAGGUCGGGUGGCUGUGGCCGCCGUGGCGCCGGCGGCGUGGCUGGAGAUCCUGCAGUUUCUAGGCGAAGAAGAUUUUGACGAUUUGGCAGAUGGUCAGGUCGUUGCAGUCCUCCCUCGAGAUGACUAUGAUGCGCUGGUGCGUUUGGGUCCGUUGAACUUCCUCUUCCAUUCUGCAGACGUGCACCGCAGCGAACCUCACAUACCGCAGGAGCUUGAGCAGCCACUGGACCCACCAGAUGUCACGACGGAUGAGCUGCCGACCACAUCCGUGGCUCCGCUGUCGACCGCUCGGCCGGAGCGGCCGUUCCGGCGGGCGCCAGCAAGAGCCAAACCCAAAGCGACAGGGUGAGA